CUCAAUAUUAUUAUUCUUCACUCAACCGCAAAACAUAAAAGCAAACCUUUCCUCUACCCAAAUUAUAGGUGUUUCUUGAGACAAACUUUAUUCAUAAACCAUACAAUAUCAUUGGGUGUCCAACUGCCAUCUCGGUAUGUGCUUUCGGCCUUCUACAUCUUAUGGACAUCCCCUAGCUAGCCAGGUCCUGGGUGGCUAACCAGGUUCUAUAGAUAUGCUUAGAGCGUAUCUACCCACAACUCUAUAAAUCCUAGCUAUGUGAGCUUUGAACUAUGCAGAUUGUCACUAAUACAAUCGAAAGCCGGGUAAACCCAACCUGCUCUUCACACCCACAAGUUUCUAGCAAUGACGCCCGACCGACAUCCAGGAAGGAACUUGCAGGGUGGUAUAGCUAUGGCUGGGCAGCAGAGGUUUUUGCAGUGUGCGCUAUGGGAUCUUUCCUUCCCAUCACACUGGAGCAAAUGGCGCGAGAACGUGGUGUUCUUUUGUUGGAUAAAACAACACCUUGCAGCAUUUCUCGGAGCCCCGCACAACAGACGUCGCCUUUCGAGAACUUGAACUUACUUUCAAAUGUCUUUGCAUAUGCGAAACCUGAUGUACCGGGGGCAAGCCAGUGCAUUAUUAAUAUCCUCGGUAUCGAAGUUAAUACGGCAAGCUUCGCUAUGUAUACAUUCUCAAUGAGUGUUCUCGCCCAAGCCAUCCUGAUAAUAUCGGUAUCAGGUGCUGCAGACCACGGGAGGUAUCGCAAAAUGUUAUUGGUGAUAUUUGCUAUCAUUGGCUCUGCUGCUAUGACGAUGUUUCUUGCAGUCUCCCCUGGGUCAUAUAUCCUCGGUGGGCUAUUCGCAAUUAUAGCCAACACCUGUUUCGGGGCUUCCUUCGUACUACUGAACUCCUUUCUUCCUCUGCUGGUUCGUCACCAUCCUUUAUUGCUCGGAACCGAUAACGAAGGCCGAUUGCUCGCUCGUCCCGACGAUGAAUUCAAUGCUACUGCCGAUGGUUCAAGUCAGAUCGAAAGUUCUGAGGCAACACCACUACUUCAGUCUCGACAGUGCUCCCAUACAUCAUCUGUGGAAGACGCGCCUCAAGUAUGUCAUGAUAGGACUUCUCAGGAACUAGAAUUGUCCACAACGAUAUCCUCGAAUGGAAUAGGCAUCGGCUACAUCGGCGCUGUGAUACUGCAAACGAUCUGUAUUUUUGUGGUCGUCAAAACCCAUCAAACCGCGUUUUCGUUGCGUCUUGUCCUCUUUUUAAUUGGACUUUGGUGGUUUAUCUUCACAGUACCUGCAGCGAUUUGGCUACGACCCCGGCCGGGCCCGCCUUUGCCAUGUGCUGAAAGCGGAAAGAUAUAUGGAUCCUGGAUCAUAUACAUGGCAUAUGCUUGGAAAUCUCUUGGUCAAACAGCGAUGCGGGCACGGCGCCUGAGAGAUAUCUUGCUGUUCCUUGCAGCCUGGUUCUUACUGAGCGACGGCAUAGCGACAGUUAGCGGGACCGCUGUCCUCUUUGCAAAAACACAACUGGAUAUGCCCCCGGCUGAAUUAGGACUAAUUAACGUGGUUGCGAUGAUUGCAGGGGUUUUGGGGGCUUUCUCAUGGAGUUUCGUGUCACGAGCGUUCAAUCUCCGUGCAUCGCAAACCAUAAUAGCCUGCAUUGUCUUAUUCGAACUCGUGCCAAUCUAUGGACUGUUAGGAUUUGUCCCAGCAAUCAGAGAACUAGGAUUCCUGGGUCUCCAGCAGCCGUGGGAAAUGUAUCCACUGGGUGCUAUAUACGGGCUUGUCAUGGGCGGGCUCUCCUCAUACUGUCGGAGUUUUUUCGGGGAGCUGAUACCCCCAGGCUAUGAGGCGGCAUUUUAUGCGCUUUACGCCAUUACCGACAAAGGCUCGAGCAUUUUUGGGCCCACGAUCGUUGGGAUGGUCACAGACCGCUAUGGUGAAAUCAGACCUGCUUUUGCCUUCCUCGCAGUUCUCAUAUUACUUCCUCUGCCUCUUAUGCUUCUGGUUGACGUGGAUCGUGGAAAACGAGACGCACUUGCUCUGGCCGAGGAACUUGAAGGCAAACAUGGACCAGAGGAAACACCGCGCUAUGGGGCGGUCGCCAAUUGCUUGUCUCGUCGCGAGAAUGCACCAGGAUAGAUUUGUUAAAAAUGGCAGGAAGAUUAAUUAUACCUGAUCUGCUUCUCUGAUAGAUCCUCAGGAUGAUCUCUCUUUCCUCCCCUAAUGCUUGUUUUACCUGUCACCUCUGAGGACCUAUUCAGAUCCAAUUAUUCUAAAUCAACAAACCGUAAAUAUUUUGUGGGUAUGUGAGAGAUCAGCUAGGUAUAGGUAUACCCGUAUGCUUGGACCUUACUGCUUAUAUAUAGAACAUUUGGCAAAUCUUUAACCAUACCACGUUUCAUGGAUACUAAUAUUGAUAUACUGGGUUUGAUAUACACUUCCCAUCAUACUGGGGGGCAAGCACCACUUAGCUCGGUCUAUGAAAACAGAUACAGCCAGAUGAAC